GUCAUCAGUGGGCACGCGCUGCCCGGUGUGUGUAGACGGCUGCACGUGAGUCACCGUGAUGGCCCGCAGCUCCGAUGUGCUGAAGAAAGUCCUGCGGUUCAAACUUCAGCUCACAGACACAGCAGAGUCUGCUACGGUUCUAAAAACCUUACAGAAACUCAAGGAUCUGGAUAUCACAUUAGACAUUCUUGCUGAAACUGGGAUUGGCAAAACUGUUAACUCCCUACGCAGACAUGAAGAAGCUGGAGAAUUUGCCAAGUCGCUUGUUAGAGGAUGGAAAAAACUGGUCCCUAAGAAGCCUGUCAGCCUCACAGAAGAUGGGGACGUGUCAGACAGCAUGUCUGUUAAAGACAAACUGGAUGACCAAAAUUGUCCAAAUGAUGGAGGUUUGACAACAGAGGAUUUAAACAAUAAUUGCUUAACAUCACAUUGCAAAAGUCAGGAAACUUCAAAUGAACCUUUAUUUAAAAUGGGCAAAAGAAAAGCUGAUGCAGAGAAACAGUGUGAAGAGCAGAAAAGAAAAAAAAGCCAGAAUGAAAACCAGAACAUCUUGGAAAAUGAUGAAAUCUUGAGCAAAAAAAUUGAAAUCCAUGAUCAUUCCAAGGAGAAGAAAAAUGAUGACGAUGACCGUGAUAGUGUGCUUGGAAACAAAAACUCAGGGGACACUCAUCAGACAUUCAGGCCUGACUCCAAGGAAAAACUGGAAAGCGGUUCUGAUUGUGGAGGUUUUGCGUCAGAAAAAGAGUCAAAUAAGAAAUCAAAGCCAUCAAAAGAAUCGCCAAAUGAUGGCAAAGAAUAUUUUUCAUAUGAGUCCACUGUCAAAUACAAAAAAAAGUUGUUCAAAUUGACCAACGUUGAAGAGGACAGAUCUUCAGGAAUAUCAAGUAGCUCAGAGGCCCAAAACAGAAAAAGGAAGAAAACAGAAAAGGAGAAGCAUGUUGGUCUUAAAGAGUCUGAAUAUAAAGCACAUUCAAAACCCCAAAACAAAAAAGCCAGAAGAAAGCACAAAGACAAGGAAAGUGACAUCAAGGAGCCCUCUAUGUCUUUUGAAUCUUACUUGAACUAUGACGAGAAUGUUUCCAAGAGGAGGGAACGAUCAGGAGCAAAGACACCUGCCAAAAAAAUCAAGACUGUAGUAAAAGAGGAUCCUGGCCUGAAACCUGUCAAGUCACCAGUGACGUCUGUAAAUGUUCUCUCUCCAAAAAAGAAGUUUAAGGAGUCCAUAAUGGACUUGGUCAACAUCCCUUUACCUGCAGUUCUGCCUGAAUGUGAAAACCCAUCCACUGUUGAGUACUUUGAGAGGAAAGUCGAGAAGGAGUCUGAUUUCUGUAACGUCUCUGAGGAGUCCGCAGUCUUCACCGGUCAGCGUCUUAACAGGAAGAUGCAAGUCUACUCCGGCGCCAAGACCAUCUUCCUCCCAGCCAUGAUGAGCUUGUACCAACAGUGUAUCCGCACACUGCAGAACAAUAUUAACUUGCUUCAUGAAACUGGUGGAGUCCCUUUUGAAAUCCUUGAGCCGGUGCUGGAGAGGUGCACCCCAGAGCAGCUGCUGCGCGUUGAAGAAUGCAACCCAAUCUACAUCGGAGUGACAGACCACUUGUGGGGGAAACACUGCCAGAGGGACUUCAAGGACUCCAAACUUCAGGAGUAUGAGUCAUGGAAAGAGAUGUACAUCAGACUGUCUGAGGAGAGGGAGCGGAAACUCCAAAGGCUGACAAAAAGCAUCGUCUCAGCUCAUUCUAAUAAACCCAAAGGUCGGCAGGUGAAGAUGGCAUUUAUUCACACUGUUGCCAAGCCACCGAGAGAUGUGCGAAUUCAGCAAGAAAUUCAUGGAACUGCUGUUCAGCAGCCUCAUCAGCUCAGGUGCAGCGUCAAGGUUCAGGACAACAGAUCAAAGCUAAUUACUGAGCCCACCAGGUCCAGCAGCACCAGUUCAGGACCAAACAGUACACAAGACCCUCGCAAAAAAACCCGAGUUGCUCCAAUGAUGGCAAAGUCCUUAAAGGCAUUUAAGAAACAGCUGGGACGCAGAUAAAUGUUCUUCUAUAAUCUGGCUGUUUACAGUUUGUGGAUGUGGGAAAAGUACACUCUAUCAUUCAUUAACUCUGGACAAUAGUCAGCCUUUGUUCACCUUAAAUUACUCUCUGUUUGCCAAACUAUAUAGGCAAUCACCAUGUUUUUUUUCUCUCAAAAUUUGAAUAAGCUUCACUAUUAAAUAGACGACCAAAAAUGCAAAAUCAUGUGAUUUGAUAUUUUGUUUUUCAGCCUGUUUGAGCUAAACAAGGUCACGCUUGUUGGUUAUUAAAAGGGGUGUGGCUCCCUCUAGAGGAUGUAUAGAGAAGUGGUGUACUUUCUGUAUUUCUCAUUUCAACACAUACAAUUUGAGAUGAUCUCAAUAAAUGACACUAUUUUGA